AUGAACCUCCGCGCCUUCCUCGCUGCUGCAGCCGCCUCACUCGUCAUGGUCGAAGCCGAGAUCAAAUGGAUCGACCACGACCAAGUGCAGUCGUUCCCGCAGCCUGAGCCAGUCACCGAUUUCGAGAAGUUCGCCGUCAAGUACAAGCCUCAGCUCCACAUCUCGAAUGGAUGCCACCCGUACCCUGCGGUGCAGGCCGAUGUGUACUCGCGCUCCGACUGGUACAGGGGCAAAUGGACCAUCAUGUACGCCUGGUACUUCCCCAAGGGCCGAGCGUGCAAAGACGACUUCAAGACCGGCCACCGUCACUUCUGGGAGGACGUGGUCGUCUGGGUGGACAAUCCGAACCCGGACAACUCGACCCUCCUCGGAGUCCCGAUGUAUGCUGGCCACAGACAUAUUAAAGUAGUCCCGGUGGACGAGAAGUAUUUGAAAGACGGGAAGACGGUCAAGUUCGGCUCGUACAAGUCUUUGGGUGCUCAGGUUGUUGGGCUGACGGAGGAUUACGGCGAGAUCCAGGAUCUCAUCACGUGGGAGCAGCUCACGGUGGAGGCCCGGACGGCGCUGAGCGAGGCCAACUUUCACGUCGACGGGGGUGUGAGGGAGGUCGUGGUGCCGAUCAAGGACGGCCAGUUUGAGAAAACCCUCGAAAGUGCCUAUCCAGCUGACUUCGACCGGAAGUAG